AUGGUACACCUUCACUUUUCCCAAUUUUCUACUAAUGGAUUCGAAUUUUCAAAUUCGAAACUCGACGUUUUUGUCUUCAGGUUUUCUCUGUUUUAUGGUUUUAGCAUUGGAAACACGACUGCGGUUAGAGAAUUUAUAUUCCCGAUUGCAUCUAAUCAUAAGUUCACAAUCGAGUUUAAACCUUCCAGUGGCUCACCUUCUAUGUUUGUAAACGGCAUUGAAGCUUUCACGACACCAUCAAAUCUAUUCCGGUCCUCCUCCACUUUUCCACGUAUUUCACCUGCCAAAAGAAUUAGUGAUCUAGAGAAGUUAGCAUUAGAUUAUGCUUUCAACCUAAUCCAUAGAGUUAACAUUGGAGGACAAACAAUCUAA